UGCGGGUGCAAGCCCUGGGGCGCACGUGGCCAGGCCACUGCCACGCCCGAGGGACGGGUUUUCGUCGCCACCUCGGCCCUGGUGAACCCUGUGACUGGAGUGCCUCCCAAUCCCACUGUGAUGCCCACCUCGGGGCGCUGCCAGGUGCCAGGCUAAUGCGUGUGAUCCACAGUGUGCUGAGAAGUGCUGACUGUCAUUGUGAAUGUCCGUGGUGGGGUGACGCCCGGGCAGGGUGCGCUGGCCUGGUUCCAGAAGACCUGGCCUCUCCAGCUCCCACGGCGCGCCCGUUUGCUGCGUGGCCCAUGCUGCUGGCGGCUGCUCCUGGCUGAGUCAUUCCGAGACGAGCGUCCAGCCCGCGCUCUCUGCCGCCCUUCCCAGCGCUGCCCGGCAGGCCCCGGGAACUGUGCCCAGCUGUGCCCGCUUAGCUGGUGUAUGACCUGCCUUUGAACUUGCUGCAAAGAAAGAUGUGGAUCUCCUGUUACUGGAAAACAGGAAUUAGCUUGUCUGCUUGAGGAUGUGGUUGGUUCUUUAUAAAAAGGAUAUAGAAGAAAUUUGCACAGACUGCCAGCUUCAUUAUGCUGCCGACAGCUUCCAGCAAAAGGAGGACGUUUGCAGCCAGAUAUUUCACCCGCUCCAAAAGCCUAGUGAUGGGGGAGCAGAGCCGGAGCCCUGGGCGGACGCCGUGCCCUCACAGGCUGGGCCCCGUGCUGAAGGCGGGCUGGCUGAAGAAGCAGAGGAGCAUCAUGAAGAACUGGCAGCAGCGCUGGUUUGUGCUGCGUGGGGAUCAGCUUUUCUACUACAAGGACAAAGAUGAGAUCAAGCCCCAGGGAUUUAUUUCUCUACAAGGGACACAGGUGACUGAACUUCCUCCUGGCCCCGAGGACCCAGGGAAGCACCUCUUUGAGAUCAGCCCAGGUGGUGCCGGGGAGCGGGAGAAGGUGCCGGCCAACCCCGAGGCGCUCCUGCUCAUGGCCAGCUCCCAGCGUGACAUGGAGGACUGGGUGCAGGCCAUCCGCCGGGUCAUCUGGGCCCCGCUGGGCGGAGGUACUGCCCGUAGAUCGCAUGCCCACCCUCUAGAACCCUUGCCUCCAGGGAUCUUUGGGCAGCGCCUAGAGGAAACAGUCCACCACGAGCGGAAGUAUGGCCCCCGCCUGGCGCCCCUGCUGGUGGAGCAGUGUGUGGACUUCAUCCGGGAGCGCGGGCUCACUGAGGAGGGGCUGUUCCGCAUGCCGGGCCAGGCCAACCUGGUGAGGGACCUGCAGGAUUCCUUCGACUGUGGGGAGAAGCCACUGUUUGACAGCACAACAGACGUGCACACGGUGGCCUCCCUGCUGAAGCUGUACCUGCGGGAGCUCCCCGAGCCCGUGGUCCCCUUCGCCAGGUACGAGGACUUCCUCAGCUGCGCCCAGCUGCUCACCAAGGACGAGGGGGAGGGCACUCUGGAGUUGGCUAAACAAGUGAGCAACCUUCCUCAGGCAAAUUACAACCUGCUCAGAUACAUCUGCAAGUUUCUGGAUGAAGUUCAGGCAUACUCAAAUGUCAACAAGAUGAGUGUCCAGAAUCUGGCAACCGUUUUUGGACCUAACAUUCUGCGGCCACAGGUAGAGGACCCAGUAACCAUCAUGGAAGGCACUUCCCUCGUCCAGCACCUGAUGACCGUCCUCAUCCGCAAACACAGCCAGCUCUUCACGGCACCGGUCCCGGAAGGGCCCACCUCCCCCCGCGGGGGUCUGCAAUGCGCAGUGGGGUGGGGCUCCGAGGAGGUCACCAGGGACAGCCAAGGAGAGCCCGGCGGCCCCGGUCUGCCCGCGCACAGGACCUCUUCCCUGGACGGGGCGGCCGUGGCGGUGCUCUCCAGAACAGCCCCCACGGGGCCGGGGAGCCGGUGCAGCCCUGGGAAGAAGGUGCAGACCCUGCCCAGUUGGAAGUCCUCCUUCCGGCAGCCGAGGUCCCUAUCGGGAAGCCCGAAGGGGGGCGGCUCAUCCCUGGAGGUGCCCAUCAUCUCCUCCGGCGGGAACUGGCUUAUGAACGGGCUGUCCUCCCUGCGCGGACACCGCCGGGCCUCGUCGGGAGACCGGCUCAAGGACUCGGGCUCCGUGCAGAGACUCUCCACCUACGACAAUGUGCCCGCGCCGGGCCUGGUCCCCGGCAUACCCAGUGUGGCCAGCAUGGCGUGGUCCGGGGCCUCGUCCAGCGAGUCGUCGGUGGGGGGCUCACUCAGCAGCUGCACGGCCUGCCGCGCCAGCGACUCGUCUGCCCGCAGUUCCCUGCACACCGACUGGGCCCUGGAGCCCUCCCCGCUCCCCAGCAGCAGCGAGGACCCCAAGUCCCUGGACCUGGACCACAGCAUGGACGAGGCAGGCGCGGGUGCCAGCAACAGCGAGCCCAGCGAGCCGGACAGCCCCACCCGGGAGCACGCGCGCCGCUCCGAGGCCUUACAGGGGCUGGUCACUGAGCUCAGGGCCGAGCUGUGCCGCCAGCGGACUGAGUACGAGAGGAGUGUGAAAAGAAUCGAAGAAGGGAGUGCUGACCUGAGAAACCGAAUGUCCCGGUUAGAAGAAGAACUGGACCAGGAAAAGAAAAAAUACAUCAUGCUGGAAAUAAAGCUGCGGAACUCUGAACGGGCGCGGGAGGACGCGGAGAGGAGGAACCAGCUGUUGCAGAGGGAAAUGGAGGAGUUUUUUUCGACCCUAGGAAGCUUGACUGUUGGGGCAAAAGGUGCCAGGGCCCCAAAGUAAAAGGAAUGGCAGAGCUCACUUCUGUACCACGUCUGCUGGUCUCCAGCCAUGUAUGGAGUCAGAAGCGUCUGUAUCUCUGGAGCAGCCAGGCGCUCUGGAGCCAGCUGGAGAGAGAGAGAUCCUGAUACCUCUGUGGGGACUGUUGGGACCCCACACACUCCAGGUGGGAUCAGAUGCUGCUCCAACCAUGCAGCUCCUGGUGAGGGUCAGAAGGGGAUGGUACCAAGAGUAGCGCUUGGCCCUUACCCAGGAAAUGUCCUUCAUGGCCACAGAAAUGGAGGGCACCCAGGAUCCAGGCAGCCACCGGGAACAGUCAGCUUUCUUUAUUAAAUGUGCUCACAAAGCA